UCAAUAAACGAGCAGACGCAUCGAAUUGCGCGAAGCCAAAGCGUCCAAGCAACCACCACUUCUGCUCUUCCUCCCCUCUCCCCUCUGCUCGGCCUCCUGCUCCCUUCUCCCACCGACCAACUCGAUCCCGCGCCGCCGCGCCAUGGAUCGCGCCGACCCCGCGCGGGGCCGCCUCGCCGUGCUCUCCUCCCACCUCCGCGCCGGUGGCGCGGUGGCAGGGGAGGCGGCGGGGCUGGAGAGGUCGCCGGUGUCCGCGGCGGCGCCCGGGCCCCGCGCCGGCGCGCUCGCCGUGGUGGACGGGAGGACCGGGAAGCGGCACGAGGUCAAGGUCUCCGAGGACGGCACCGUGCGCGCCACCGACUUCAAGAAGAUUACCGCUGGUAAGGAUGACAAGGGUCUUAAGAUUUAUGAUCCUGGUUAUCUUAACACUGCCCCUGUUCGCUCCACCAUCUGCUACAUCGAUGGGGACGAGGGAAUCCUUCGCUACAGGGGUUAUCCAAUCGAAGAGUUGGCUGAAAGCAGUUCGUUUGUUGAGGUGGCGUACCUUUUAAUGUAUGGGAAUCUGCCUACUCAGAGCCAAUUGGCAAGCUGGGAAUUCGCUAUUUCUCAGCAUUCUGCUGUUCCUCAAGGACUGUUGGAUAUCAUACAAUCGAUGCCCCAUGAUGCUCACCCCAUGGGUGUCCUUGCCAGCGCAAUGAGCACCCUUUCUGUCUUCCAUCCGGAUGCAAACCCUGCUCUUAAAGGUCAAGAUCUUUAUAAGUCAAAGCAGGUGAGGGAUAAACAAAUUGUCCGAGUACUUGGGAAGGCACCAACAAUAGCAGCUGCUGCCUACUUGAGAUUAGCAGGAAGGCCUCCCAUCCUUCCUUCAAAUACUCUAUCUUAUUCAGAGAACUUCUUGUACAUGCUGGACUCUUUGGGUAACAAAUCAUAUAAACCAAAUCCUCGACUUGCUCGAGCUCUAGACAUCCUGUUUAUUCUGCAUGCUGAACAUGAAAUGAACUGCUCUACAGCUGCUGUUAGGCACCUUGCUUCAAGUGGUGUGGAUGUCUUCACUGCUCUUUCUGGUGGUGUUGGAGCUCUAUAUGGUCCUCUGCAUGGCGGUGCAAAUGAGGCAGUACUGAAAAUGUUAAAUGAGAUUGGAAGUGUGGAGAAUAUUCCAGAUUUCAUUGAAGGAGUAAAGAACAGGAAGAGGAAGAUGUCAGGUUUUGGGCACCGUGUGUACAAGAACUAUGACCCUCGUGCUAAAGUCAUCAGGAAAUUGUCAGAGGAGGUGUUCUCAAUUGUUGGACGGGAUCCACUUAUUGAGGUGGCCAUUGCUCUAGAAAAGGCAGCACUGUCAGAUGAAUAUUUUGUCAAGAGGAAGCUAUAUCCAAACGUGGACUUCUACUCUGGGUUAAUUUAUAGGGCGAUGGGAUUCCCUACAGAAUUUUUCCCUGUGCUGUUUGCCAUUCCUCGCAUGGCUGGCUGGCUAGCACAUUGGAAAGAGUCACUCGAUGAUCCCGACACUAAGAUUAUGAGGCCCCAACAGGUAUACACCGGCGCCUGGCUGAGGCAUUAUACCCCAGUCAGAGAACGAGUGCUGCCAAGCCAGAGUGAGGAACUCGGCCAGAUUGCCACCUCAAACGCAACUAGGCGCCGCCGUGCUGGUUCUGCCCUGUAGAAUAGCUGCUGCAUAUAAACACACCGGCAUAUACUCAAUAAACAGCGACCACUUUUGUGCUUGGAAAGGCCACAGGUGCUUAGCUUUUUGGAGUUGUAGGCCUUCUGUUGUCAAGUAUAUAGGCAAUAAUGCCGUGAGAACACCACACCGUUACAAUGUAAAACUGUUAUGGGUCAUGACUCUGCUGGUGUACACCCCUUGCGUUCUCUAUGACUUUUCCCUUAAGAUGAAUGAAAAGGUACGAUCAAGUUCCUGGGUCUUCUUGCCUUGA